CUACCAAGUCGCAAAAUAAUGACUGCGUGGUUCCCUCACUGUCGCUCUACCAACCACACGGAUAUUCGCUUGUCGCAUCACUCUUGACGCCCUGCUACGACCACAUCGAUAGGCUUCCAUCCAUUUGCGCGCCAUGAAUCGCUACAGCAGGCCGGGUUUCGUCGGAGGCGCAUCGUCAUCCAAUAGGGCAUCUGCAACCACCGUUUGCCAGAAGUGUUUGAAGAAGGGUCACUACAGCUACGACUGCAAGGCGCAAGCCCAAGAAAGACCGUACAUCUCGCGUCCCAGUCGCAGUCAACAGCUUCUGAAUCCAAAGCUGAAGCCAAAGCUCACGAAUAUUGCGCCGACACCUACCGACCAAGAGAAGUCAAGCACAGCCCAUGUGCCUGCCAAAGAGAGGUCGCACAAACGUUCGCUAGACAACAUGGACGACCAUAGACCUUCGCGCAAGCGCACACGCUCCGUAUCGUCAUUCUCAUCAGAUUCCGUCUCGACCAUUUCAACUCGCUCUCCCUCUCCGGAUCGCUCGAGAAACAGGCAUGACGCAAGACAGGAUCAAGCAGCUUCAGCUACAGAAGGUGCUGGAGAUAAACGAGGUCGCCCUUCGAGCUCGGCUUCCGAUCAAAUACAAUCUCACGACAUCCAAGGCCGUAACACUCGCAUGCGCAGAAACUCAAGAAGUCCUUCGGAACGUGGACGAAGGAGAGGCAGAUCUGCAAAUUCAGAGAGACGGAUGCGGUCCGCUUCCGACCACAAAAUUACUGUCACAGACGCCCCCAUCCGAAGACUAGAAUACGAUGGUCAAUCCAUGUUGGGACAUCAUAACGAUGUGCGGGCCGAUUACAACCACAACCACAACAAUAACGCUCGAGACCAGGACCGCGAGAUGAAGGAUGUGCCUGGAAGUGGGGAGCGCCCUAGGUCUCUGAGUCCGUUCAGCAAAAGGGUUGCCUUGACGCAAGGCAUGAACAGAUGAGGGUCUUAUCACCUUAUGCCCGAGUCCACCAGCAAGGACAACCACAAGUCACGAGCGUGGAAGUUGAAAAUUUGAAAGGCCCCAUUUUGAGAC